AUGAAAUGGUCAUGGACCAGAACAAGAGGUACAAGAGGUACAAGAGGUACAAGAGGUACAAGAGGUACAAGAGGUACAAGAGGUACAAGAGGUACAAGAGGUACAAGAAGUACAAGAAGUACAAGAGGUACAAGAAAUACAAGAAGUAUAGGAAGCCUAAGAGAUUAA